ACCCCCAAGAUGAACAUCCCUGUUUCUCCAUCAGAGCCACGUAAGUACGUCAUGCGGGGAGGCAGGGAGGGAGAAAGGGCGUGGAAGCUGAAAAAAAAGCAAUUAGGCCUACCAAGUAAACGCGUUUUUCUAUCUUUAGCAUAUUCCAUCAAAUCCAUUGGACGCGGUACUGCAAUCCAAGACAGAUGUGUCUUGGUUCUUUCUGUCGUUUGUUCUGGAUGGAUGGGUUUCUGGUUUGGGUUUUGUCUGUUUCUCGCAUCGGCAUCGGAUAGGACAUGA